CACGGGGACUGAGGGGCAAACUUUUCUCUCGCGUGUGUCAUUUCACUAAAUCAAUGUGAGAUUGCAAACACGUCCUGUCAACGGUGUGUGUUCAGGCCAUGGCUGAGGGAGGUGUGUAUUAAACUGCCUAUGCCGCUUUAUCGGGGAGAGUGAUAGCAGGGCAGCUGCUGACUGCUACAAGUUUCUGGAGCUGGUGUGAACAGAAGGACUGUGUGCGUUUAUGAUGAAGCAUCUUUCAAUUUCCAAGUGGCUAGCCCAGCUGGGGCUGCCUGAAUACUUCAAGCUUUUUGAUGAAGAAUAUGAUGGAGUGGAGGAUUUGCUGCAUUUGACAGAAAGUGAUCUGAGGGAACUGGGAAUUCAGAACCAGACACACAGGACGCAUAUUGUAUCCAGCAUCUUCCUCCUUCAGGAGAGGGAGAGACGGAAAGAGCUGAAGAUGAUGGCCGCAGGAAAAUAUGCAAGCUUGCCUCGCAAGAUCCAAACUGGCCGUAAGUGUUCGCUCACACCGGCGAUGGAGACACUCAGUAUUGGAGGCCCUCUCACCAGUCAGCAUUCCAGCUCACUCCAAAGUAUUUCUAUUCAUGGCACACUGCCAAGAAAGAAAAACGGGAAGGUAUCUGUGAUACCUACUGGCAUGUACAGUCCCACAGAAAAUCAGCCUCAGUCUUUGCCAACCCGAUUACGCAAUGCGUCUUUGUCUUAUGAUGUCAUUGAGGAACAUCCGUUACAAGAGUUCACGGAAUUUCAUUCCAGGGACACGGACAUUAUGGACCUUGCCCUCGAAUAUGUCAAGUUCUCGAAGGAAAGGUACAUUAUGGAUUCAACACCUGAGAAACUGAGGAAGGAGCUGGAGGAAGAGCUCAAGUUAAACAGCGAAGACCUGCGAAGCCAUGCCUGGUACCACGGCCACAUUCCCAGGAAGGUGGCAGAGAGCCUGAUUCAGAGAGAUGGAGACUUCCUCAUCCGUGACUCCCUCUCCAGCCCUGGAAACCAGGUGUUGACCUGUCAGUGGAAAGACACCCCUCACCAUUUCAAAAUCACCAAGGUGAUGGUCAGGCUGAACGAAGGCUACACCCGCCUGCAGUACAAGUUUGAGCGGGAGAGCUUUGACAGCAUCCCUGCCCUGGUCAGGUGCUACGUGGGGAAUCGCAAGCCGGUCUUUGAGCAGAUCGGAGCCAUCAUUUUCCAGCCCAUAAAUCGGACCCUCCCGCUGAGAUGCAUGGAGGAAAAAUAUGGGAGGUCUGCUCCAGUCCGGCAGCAGUCCUGCGGUACGCCAGGUGAAAAAUUGGACGUGGGAAAGCGACUGAGCUUGAAUGUGUCAAAUGGACCCAAUCAGGAGCCGAUGUUGUCAGCAGGAAAUCUUUUGAGGAAUAAAGACAAGAGUGGGAGCCAGCCUGCGAGUCUCGACUAUGUACAGGAUAGACGACAGCCCUUGAAAUCCCAUCAAUCGGAAAGCUACCUUCCUUUGGGAAUGAAACUUCCGCAACAACCUCAGCUACAGCACCAGCCUCAGCAACAGCAGCACAAGGGAAUGGAAGGAAUGGCACGCAUCAAGUCCCCAGUGUUUAGAACAGGCAGCGAGCCCGCUCUCAGCCCAACGUUUGUCCGAAGUCCCACUUUGGAAUUGCAAGCUGGGGAAGCACUCAGAGGGUCUGACAGUCAACUCUACCCCAAACCGCCCCCAAAGCCCAGCAAGGUGCCUUCACUAAGAAUGCCACCCUCCCCUUCAUUAAUGAAUGAUCCUGACAGAGGCAAGUAUGGUGAGAUGAGCGCUGGCACCCCAGAAAGGGGCAAUUGCUACUGUGAACCAAAACAUGAUGCCUCAGUGGAGCAGGCAGGGACAGAUCAAUAUUUAUUCCAGUCUGACAGUUUUGUAGAAAGAUUAAAAACUGAGGAAGCACCAAAGAUCUCCUUUCAAAGAUCCAAAUCUGUCCUUAGCAUUUCAGACGAAAGCCCAUUUCAGUUCAUUAUGUCUCCUGGGGAAGAUGAGAAAGAGGCCAGUAACCCAGCCUUGUUUGGACCCUUCUUUGAAAGUGUCUCGUGCUUUAAGCCCAAUGACUUCAAAUCAAAAUUGCUUCCUGUUGACAACAAGCCGCUGGACACCUGGGUGAUCAGACGCGUCAAAGAGCUGUUGGCCAAUAAUGACCCCACAACUAUUGCCAAGUACAUCCUGAAAGUGGACUGCCAGGUUGCUAGGAUACUUAAUGUCUCUGAAGAAAUGAAGCAGCAGAUGGGAGUGAGCUCAGGUCUGGAGCUUAUUACACUUCCUCAUGGGCACCAAUUGCGUUCAGAUCUAACUGAAAGGCAUGAUACCCUGGCUAUUGGGAUUGCAGUGGAUGUCUUGGGUUGCACAGGAAGUGUUGAAGAGAGAGCUGCAGUGUUAAGUAAGAUCAUCCAACUGGCACUGGAACUGAAAUAUUCCAUGGGAGAUCUGUACGCUUUCUCUGCUGUCAUGAAAGCGUUAGACAUGCCUCAGAUCACACGGUUAGAAGAAACUUGGACUGUACUACGGCGUACCCACACUCAAAGUGCCAUUGUUUAUGAGAAGACUCUUAAACCAUGCAUCAAAGCUUUAAACGAGGGAAGAGAGGAGGUCCCCCUCAGUAAGACGACAAUUCCCCACCUCAUGCCUCUCAUUACACUGAUGGAGCGGGAGUUUGUUACCUUUGAAGCCACUGAGUUGUGGGAAAGCAUUGACCAGGGUUGUGAAAUAAUGUUCAAACAUCUGGAAAAUGCACGCUGCUUCACAUAUAAUGCUGCUGUGUACAAAACUAACACAAAACGGAUUCUUGCAGGUUUCGAGUCAGAUGAAGAACUGCUCGAGACAUUUCAGACCGAGUUUGCAAUGAGGCUGCUGUGGGGAAGCAAAGGAGCACAAGUUAACCAAAGCGAGCGAUAUGAAAAGUUCAUGAUGAUUUUGACAGCUCUGUCACGGAAACUGGAACCACCACCUUGGCAUCCAGACCACUAGAGAUCACUGGAAAUACAACCCAGAAGACAGUCUGUUUUCAAACACACUUCAUUAUAUAUUCAACCAUACUCAAGAAACAGUCCCAUGUCUACAUAUCCGUGUUUUAGCUACUCGCUGCCUAGCACUGGAUCUCAGUCGCUUCUGCUUGCACAAGUUUAAACAUUCCGGGUGAAUUCUUAAAUGUAAUUAACGGCAGCGUAGAGUUUGGAAACACUCAUGGAAUGUUGCUGUCUUCUGAUUAAUAAUCCUUUGAAUUAUGGUUGUGAUGGUUUAUUAUUGCGUGGUGUCAUUUAGCUUAGGUAUUAAGGACACUUGGAGGAGACUAUUUGGAGCGACCAUGUAGCUGUCCCAGGCAGUGGACCGGGUCCUGCCUGUGAUUGAAAGUUUCCAGCUUGCGUCGAGUAAAUGGUCAGGUGAUGUUUGUUUAAAUGUUGGUCAUUGUAAAUAUCAAAUAAGGCAAUCUCUUUUGCCUGAAGGUUUCAGCCAUUUAAUAUAUUUUCUUACUGUAAUAUCAGACAAGAAUGUGUAAAUAGAGUUCUGUAAAAACAAAGACAAUUACAUAUGAUAUUUUAUGCAGUACUGCAGAAUUACAGUGCAGAAAGUGUAUUAAUGUGAUCCAGUAAAAUCGCACCAUUUCUUUACAAGGA